AUGGCCAGCAGCAAACCUUUUGCUUGGAAGCUGGCGACCGAGGGGGCGGCGCAGGACGGGGCGGAGCCGGGCCGCGUGGACACCUUCUGGUACAAGUUCCUGAAGCGGGAGCCGGGAGGAGAGCUCGCCUGGGAAGGCAAUGGGCCUCACCACGACCGUUGCUGUACUUAUAAUGAAAACAACUUGGUGGAUGGUGUUUAUUGUCUCCCUAUAGGACACUGGAUCGAGGUCACUGGGCACACCGAUGAGAUGAAGCACACAACUGACUUCUAUUUUAAUAUUGCAGGCCACCAAGCCAUGCAUUAUUCAAGAAUUCUACCAAAUCUCUGGCUGGGCAGUUGCCCUCGCCAAGUGGAACAUGUGACCAUCAAGUUGAAGCAUGAACUGGGGAUUACGGCUGUAAUGAAUUUCCAGACCGAAUGGGAUAUUGUACAGAAUUCCUCUGGCUGUAACCGCUACCCAGAACCCAUGACUCCAGACACUAUGAUUAAGCUCUAUAAGGAAGAAGGCUUGGUCUACAUCUGGAUGCCGACACCAGACAUGAGCACUGAAGGCCGCGUGCAGAUGCUGCCGCAGGCCGUGUGCCUGCUGCACGCGCUGCUGGAGAGCGGACACUCGGUCUACGUGCACUGCAACGCGGGCGUGGGCCGCUCCUCCGCCACGGUGUGUGGCUGGCUGCGCUACGUGCGAGGCUGGCCGCUCCGCAAGGUGCAGUACUUCCUCAUGGCCAGGAGGCCGGCCGCCUACAUCGACGAGGACGCCUUGACGCGGGCGGAGGAGGACUUCUUCCGGAAGUUUGGGAAGGUCCGCUCCAACCUGGGUGGGGUGUAGGGGCCACCUGCAGGCCCCCCAGCACCCCAGGGAAGCCGGGGUCAUGUGAGGCCAGCGACACAACACCGGGAUUCCGCAGGAGCUGAGAAGACUGGCCUCCCCCAGGCCUCUCUGCAUGGAGCUGACUUGCUGUCAGGCUUUGGGUUGGCUGCGCCUUUGCAAAGUUGCGCAAAAGCCGCUGGGACUGACUCGGGAGAAAGCCGGGGCCUUGGGCGGGCCUGGGUCUGGCACCUGGCGAAAAGGGGGUGUGCCUUCUUGCCUGCGUGGCCAGCCCCCUGCAGGGUCUCCAAGUCACAGUUGCUUUGUCUGGCGGUGUGGUGUGGCAAGAGAAAAGAGGGGGUUUGUGCGGAUUUCCUCCUGCGUGCGCUCAGCUUGCAGACGCACACACAGCUUUUCUGAUGCGCUGAAAGGACGAUAGAAAAUGGGAACUGUCACUUGCUGAAGAGGGAAAUGAGGGUAGAACUUUAACCCUCACGCAGCUAAGAGCUCACUGUACCCAGAAAACGAUGCUUUCUAGACUUUGCUCAGCACCCCGCUUCCCAGUUGUGAGCAUGAUCACCCACAGUGAUCAAGAGUGGCUCCGAGGAGUGUUUUCUCCCUGGUUGGUUCGCGGUGGCGGUGAGCAAAGCUUUGUUUCAGGCCGCGGCUCGUCAGCCUCAGCCCCUAACACAAGCCUGGGUGGCUUGUUUUUCCAGCCAACAAUGGUGAAUUCAACUUCCCACCUCUCAGAGUUGAUAAUCCCGCAGAGGUCCCUACAGUGAGAAAUGAAAGUGUUCCUGUCAGUUGCCGAAAGUUUUAAAAAGUAGUUCUACUGGGUACCACCCAAUUUGAAGAUGGUGGGGUGUCUUCGCAGGCUGAGGCAUAGCUCAUGACUGCCCAUAUUAUGAGCUAUGUCCAACUGCUGUCCAACCCAGGGCCACCUCUCCGCCCUCAGUUUCUCAUCUUAAUAAACCACGCAGCUCCUCUGACUCUAGAUGUGCACCUCACCUCUGACCCCCACCUCCCACCCUACCCCACCCCGCUCCGCCCAGGUUUUGCAGAAAUAUGGACAUGAACAUGAAUUCGCCUCUCAAGCUCAUCGCCUAGAAGAGCCCAGAGCUCCGUCAGUAAGGCAGGGCCGCGUUAUGGGUGAUGAGCUGGAACUGCUUUGGGUCUUUAUGUGCUGGGUGCUUUAUAAUCUUACCCAGUGUAAACCUGCCAGGACAUUGUGAGGAAGGCUUUGUUUUCUGCAUUGUAUAAAUGAGGAAACCAAAACGCUCAGAGAUUAAAUCAACUGCCCAGAGCCAGAUGGCAAGUCAAUAGAAGAAAUGGGAUACAAAGCUAGAUUUGUUUCCCUCAAAGUGGGUACAUUUCCUUUUAAAAUACAAUGCCUAUUUAUUCUUUGUUCCUUCUUUUCUUCCAUAAAUAUUUAUGGAUAGAAAGGAGAAGCUCUGAUUUAGGAACUGUGGGGGAUAGGAGGCCGCAAAGUAAGUUCCAGUGGCCUGCAGAUGGGGGUGAGUGUCUUACACCCAUGGGGCUCUGGGGACAUGCAUUGGUCCUGGAUGGAGGAGGCCAGAUAGGACACAUAUUUUCCCUAGAAUUUUACAAAUUUGGAUUUUUAGGCCAGGUUUAAAUAAUGUGAAAUCUAGCUCCCUUGCUAAAAAUAACUAGGGAAAACUAUUGUACUCAAGUAGCAGAUUUACAGUAGCAAUGUGCUGUGUGAAAUUUAAUCUUAAAAAUGGAAUAUCGUGUGUGUGUGUGAAUUUCCUUAAUGUCUAAGAAAACGAACCCUGUAAUAUCCACAAAGACAUCUGGGGAUGGGCUUUUUUUCUUUUUGCUGUUAGGCAAGUCAGUGAAUCAGUUAAAACUAUUAAGGAAUAUUGGAAAUACCCUUUCUCUCCUCAUUAAGUGGAAUAUCCAAUGUAUUUCAGAAUCAUCUGAAAUUUUUGCUAAAUAAAAGCAUUAGAAUUGG